CAAUCCGAUACCAAAGUUUUCUCCGCCAGCCCUGAUUAGAUCCGAGGCGGGACUGCGAGCGAUAGUAUAGCUCGGCGAGUGAAGUGGGAGAUGGAUAGGGUUCUUAUUAUCGUCUCAGUCUUCGCCGCUUUACUUCUAUUUGUUUCUGCUAAGAAAUCAAGCGAUGUUACGGAUCUGCAGAUCGGCGUCAAGUACAAGCCAGAGACUUGUAGCAUUCAAUCUCACAAAGGUGAUAGAGUUAAAGUGCAUUAUCGUGGGAUGCUUACUAAUGGAAACAUAUUUGACUCCAGUUAUGAACGAGGUGACCCAAUUGAGUUUGAGCUUGGCAAGGGUCAAGUGAUCAAAGGAUGGGACCAAGGGCUAUUGGGAAUGUGCGUUGGUGAGAAAAGGAAGCUGAAGAUACCUUCAAAGCUCGGUUAUGGAGCCCAAGGUUCUCCUCCUAAGAUCCCAGGUGGUGCCACACUUAUCUUUGAUACUGAACUUGUGGCUGUCAAUGGAAAAACUUCAAGCACCAACCAAUCAACUGAAGGGAACGAGGAGCUAUAAAUUUUACUGAGAACUGAAUACCUCCAUGCUAUGGCUAAUUGAGGGGAUCUAUAAAAAAACCUGAAAACAAGGUAGAAGUUUGCAUCUGUAGUGUAGGAGCACUUGAGUUUUGAAAUGAUUCUAACGAAUUACAUGGUACUAAAUUAAUUUCGGGAGUUUCUCCGAACCGUUGUCUAUUCAUUCAAUGAAAGGCUUCUGAUGUCUAUUUCAGACGGGUAGUACAAUUCUAUUCACAAAC